GUCAAUUUCACAGGGAAGGAACUCGCCUGUAACUACCAAAAAAAAACCCCCAAAAAACAAACAAAAAAUCAUCAAAACCACCCACCCUUCCGAAUCCUCUGAUUUCCUAGUGGAUUUUCAGUCGGGGCUCAGCAAUCAAAGUCGUCCAGGGACACUGCCAGCUGAGGUCUGUUUUGACCGAGACUUUGCCUCCCUCUCCUUUGCAGUAUUUUCCUGCCUCAUUUUUGUUUUCCUCCUGGCUGAAACUUUACAGUGUGCAUUGCUGCAGCUGCAGGUCCUGGCAGAGCCGAGGCGAUCGCUUGCUACUUAGCACAAAACUUUGUUACUCACCGGUAUUUUGAUUUUUUUUAAGACUAACGAGCCCGUGGCUGGCGCUGCUCGUGUGGGUUAAGAAUAAAACAGCUGGCUUUUUUGUAUAUCUAUAUAUAGAUUUAUUGAUGAUCACAAAUGUUAGCUGUGGGGCAGAUGGAUACUAAUCGCCAGAGUGCAUUUGUUCUGAGCAGUACACCGCUGGCUGCUCUGCAUAACAUGGCUGAAAUGAAGACGUCUCUAUUCCCCUACACCCUGCAGAAUCCCUCCAGCUUCAAAGCACCAGCCCUGGGCGGACUGAACACACAGAUCCCCUUAGGGACGCCGCACGGAAUAAGCGACAUCCUGGGGAGACCUGUUGGAACCACCAGCAAUCUCCUCACCGGGCUGCCCCGGAUUAAUGGACUGGCUACCUCAGCAGGGAUGUAUUUUAACCCCGCAGCUGUGUCCAGGUACCCAAAGCCCUUGGCAGAGCUGCCUGGGCGACCUCCCAUUUUCUGGCCGGGAGUUAUGCAGGGAUCUCCCUGGAGAGAUCCGAGAAUCGCCUGUCCUGCCCAGACUGGAAUGGUUCUGGACAAAGAUGGAAAGAAGAAACACUCAAGACCAACUUUCUCAGGGCAGCAGAUUUUUGCUUUGGAGAAAACGUUUGAACAAACUAAAUACUUGGCAGGACCUGAGAGAGCUCGUCUGGCCUAUUCGUUAGGAAUGACAGAAAGUCAAGUUAAGGUGUGGUUCCAGAACAGGAGGACGAAAUGGAGGAAGAGGCACGCAGCAGAAAUGGCCUCAGCUAAGAAAAAACACGACUCAGAGACGGAGAAGCUGAAGGAGAGCUCAGAUAAUGAGGACGAUGAUGAAUAUAACAAACCUCUGGACCCCAACUCAGACGAUGAAAAAAUCACGAGGUUAUUGAAAAAGCACAAAUCCACAAAUUUAGCCCUCAUCAGCCCCUGCAGUAACAACUCGGAUACUUUGUGAUACAGGGCAAGAGACCCUAGCGAACAAGACUGACUGCUCCCUAAGGCGCUUUAUAAAAGCUGAAAUAACCAGGGUAUAAAACAUUAUAAAGAAGAAUUGUAACUGGAUGUUUAAAAGUGAUGUGUUGUACAGCCUAAGAUGUAUGUGAAAUGUAUAUAUUUUUUACAGAAUAAGUUAUGAAAUUAUCUUUCUUCUCAUUGAUGUAAAUUGCAGAGGAAUCUUUCCAACGUUCCUUUAUUUGUUUUGGGUUGUGUUUUUUGUUGUUUUUUUUUACUUUCUCCCCCCUCACCUCCCCUCUUUCUUGCCAAUUUCCUGCUCCUAACAAUCAGAUUUUGUUACUGUUUUGUAUGGAUCACCGACUGCAGCUCAGCCACUUUGUAUAUAGGAAAUUUCAGAAUUUUGUGAUGUAUAUUUCUAGUGUAAAAAUGGCUCUUUUAUUUCACCCCCCCCCCUCUCAUUGAGCGUUUUGGCAGUUUUAGUUUCUUCCUCGCUACGGAUUUUAUGCUCUAUCACAUCAAAAAAACAACCAAAAAGACAGACAAAACUGGACACUUGAGUUUAAAUUGGAUUAAAACUAUUCCCUCCAUGCCGGUUGGAAAGACUUUGUAUAAAUCAAUAAAUUAUUUAACAAGCUUC